CAUCGAAUGAGAGAAGCCCAUCGAAGGUACACCGAUGCACAAUGGCGUCUCAAGUUGGAGAGACAGCGGGCAAGCGAGAACAUUCAGUGGAUCAUUUCAUACAGCAGAAAAAUUCAAGCGUACCAAGAGAGAUUACGAGAAACAAACGAGGCGUCUAGAGAUAAAGUCGAGAAACUGAAGCUUGUUUACAAGAACAUCGAGUUACACGGACAAAUCCUUGUUAUCAGGGAAGGUUUAAAAAGAGCUUUGGAUUUGACAUCUAGAGCGGAGAAGAGAGUGGAAAAAGUAUCCAAAGAAUUAGAACGGAUGAGCGAAGAAAGAUUGGAAUUUGGAAUACAGGACAAGGGGAAAAGAAAAGAACCAUUUGAUGCGAAGGAAAGGCCCACGGAGCAAAAUUUGCAAGACGCCAAAUACCAAGAGUUUCUGAUAUUGAGAAGGAAACUUCAAGGGGUUAAUAUGCGACUCGAAAAUGCUGGUGAGAAACUCGUGGGUUUGCAGAUGCGGAAACAAGAAUUAAUCCAGAAGAUCGAUAAAUAUAAAACUAAAAAGCACGACAUCUUAAAAGCUAAAAUAGUCAAGGAAAGUCUCCACAGUGCCAAUUUUAAACUCUACUGCGUAGAACUUGGAGUGAUAUAAGAAUAUUCAAACGGUUGCCGAAGGAACUCAUUUGUAGGAAUGCCUCCAAUAUUGUAACCGACCCCAGGCCCGAAAAUAAAUUAUAACUUGAGAUCACUCACUUGAAUCUACAAUGAUCUAAAGAGGACCUUUUCUGAUCUUGCCAAGUCUACUCUGACAUGGCUAUUGCCGAGUGAUUUUUUUUUCUGUCGUAAGGCAAUAUGUUAGCUUUACAGUCGAAAAUAUCUAGACUGCGAAGGCAGUUAUGGCUGUGAAUUGAUUGGCAGGUAGAUACGUUAUCAGCGCCCUGAAAUAAAUGUUUAAAACUUUCAUCGGACGAAGUGCUCGUCGGUCUUUGUUCUUUACGAACUAACUUACGACUCGAGUCGAGACUCCACACGAGCAAUUGUCGUGCACUGCGCGAUAAGUUACGACUCUACAUGAGAAGUAGUCGUGGAUUGCGAGCAAGCUACGACAGAACUCGAAAAGUUGUCGCGCCGUGCGAGCUAAGUUACGACUCCACACGAGCAGUGCUCGUGCACUGCAAGCUAAGUUACGAGUCCACACUGGUUAAUUGUGUUUUACGAACUACUUACGACUCGCAUGGAAAAGUGGUCGUGCGCUGCCGACUGCGCUACGAUUAUUGCAAUCCAGGCAAUUUGUAUAUUGGUUUAAAAAUAGAUAGAUAGAUA